AAUCGGAAAGUGAUACUCGAGAGAUUAACCUGAAAACUUCAGAACUUACCAAAUGUGAAUGGUGUAGUGUCAGAAAAUUGCCAGUAGUUUUCCUACAAACAAUACCAUCAACCUGUAGUAGCCUGAGAGACCAACUGAAAAUGAGUAAAGAUAAUGUCUGGUACGAAUGUAAAGGAGACAGUCAAGAAGAACAGUACAUCAUUUUGAUUUUUGAAACUGGUCUUGAUCCUCAUGCAAACUCAAUAUUUGAAAAAAUAAUUACUGACAUUGGUAUAAGAAAUAAUAUUUCAGACUUCUUUGUGAAAAUUUCCUUUGAAGAAGCCAAUGGCAGACUUGUUGCAUUUACUAAGUGCUUGGAAGACAAUUCCAAAGGAAGUCCAUCUCACAGAGAAAACAAAAUAAAAAAUGUUGCUUCUGAGUCCAAAAUACAGCAACGAAAGUUACCAUAUUUUGAUGAUGAUGAAGAAAUUGGAGAACCACAUACAGUAUUUAUUGGUCCUAUAGAGAAGUUGAUAGUUUAUCCACCUCCUCCAGCUAAAGGUGGUAUCUCUGUCACCAAUGAAGACCUCCACUGUCUAAAUGAAGGAGAAUUUUUAAAUGAUGUUAUUAUUGAUUUUUAUUUAAAGUAUCUGGUACUUGAAAAACUGAAAAAAGAAGAUGCUGAUAGAAUACAUGUCUUCAGUUCAUUCUUCUAUAAACGCCUUAAUCAAAGAGAAAGAAGUAUUUAUGAAACUUCAAACCUUUCAAUACAACAAAGACGACACGGCCGAGUGAAAACGUGGACACGGCACGUUGACAUUUUUGAGAAAGAUUUCAUUUUUGUUCCCCUUAAUGAAGCUGCCCACUGGUUUUUGGCUGUCAUCUGUUUUCCUGGUUUAGAAAAACCCAAAUAUGAACCAAAUCCCCACUAUCAUGAAAAUGCUGCAACACAGAUAAAAUCUUCCUCUUCAGAUGGAGAGAGCAACGCACCAUCUUCUUUGCCAAAUGAGUUAGAUGCACAAAACUCGCCUUCCAAGUCCACAGCAAAGAAGACAUUGACCAAAAAGUAUAUUACAGCUUUAAUUGACCCAAACACUGAAACAGAGGACAGUGAGCCUUCGUGUUGUAGACGAAGUCCUUAUAGGGGAAAAAGUGCUUUCAAAAAACUAAAUCAAAUAGACAGUGAUGUGGAAGAACCUAACACUGUGGAAUCAGCUCGCCAUAAACUAGACCAUAGGACUCCAGACGAAAAUGGUAUACAGGGUGAAUUCACAACUGCUAGCCAAUCUAUGGAUGGAUUGCACAAAAUCAGGCUAAACUAUAGUGAAGACUCGGCUGAUGGCAGUAAACUAAAUGAAGAUGAGCUCAUAGAUUUUUCUGAAGACCAAGAUAACCAGGAAGACAGUAGUGACGAUGGUGGCCUUCUAGAUGAUGCCUGUAAUUCAGAAAUGGGAAAAUGGCACCUGAAGCCUACUAUCUGCAAACAGCCCUGCAUUUUGCUUAUGGACUCGCUAAGAGGCCCUUCCCGCUCAAAUGUUGUGAAAACACUAAGGGAAUACUUAGAGGUGGAAUGGGAAGUCAGGAAGGGCAACAAAAGAAGCUUUUCCAAAGAUGUCAUGAAAGGUUCCAACCCAAAAGUGCCACAACAGAACAACUUCAGUGAUUGUGGAGUGUACAUACUGCAGUAUGUGGAGAGCUUUUUUGAG